AUGAGUUCCGAGCGAGAUAUAAAGCUAACCGUCAAUGGCAGAGAAUACAGCGGCCACGCAGAGGUCCGAAUGACCUUGGCGGACUUCAUCCGGGGAGAACUGGACCUCACCGGCACCCACUUGGGUUGUGAGCACGGCGUAUGCGGGGCCUGCACCAUUCUGUUCAACGGCCAAGCCGUCCGGUCCUGCUUGAUGCUUGCCGUCCAAGCCGACGGCGCCAACCUGAUGACUGUCGAGGGGCUGGCCAACGGGGAUGAACUGCAUCCGCUUCAAGCGGCCUUCCAGCAAAACCAUGCCCUGCAGUGCGGGUUCUGCACGCCUGGCAUGUUGAUGACCGCCUACGCCUUCCUUAGAGAUACGCCCAACCCCACUGAACAGCAGGUCAGGGAGGGCAUAUCGGGGAAUAUCUGCCGCUGCACCGGCUACGCCCCCAUCGUCCAAGCCAUCCUGCAGACCAGCCGGGAAACUCCUUCUCCCUGA